CUGAGAAGCAAAAAAGAAACGCACAGUGAAAAAUAAAUGUUUGGCAAACGUGACAUGAGCCGCCAGCUCCUGUCACUUUCCCCAUGUUUGCAUGCAGGCGGUGCUCGAAAUGGUGACGCCAAGCCCGCGCGGGCCAUUUUCGCCGCUGUCGGCAUAGUGGAGGUUAAGUGUGGCGUACCGCCACAGCUUUCCUUUGCUCACAGCUCAUUUGGCACGAAUACAUGCGCCACCUGGCUUGUUACUGCUGUGUCUACGUCUCCGCGGCAUGCCCGCAGCAACGGAUGUAAUAUGAGCUCUCCGGGACUCAACCUUAAUUGAAUAAGAAUUAGAGCCGAAGAACUUUAGAGGGUAAACAGGUGGGGGAGGUGGUACGGCAUCAUGCCAAAGGGCUAAGAAAUUGUAUCUGUAACUUCGGACCUGUGGGUGAAAUCCCCUCAAACUGUGAGGCGUUCACCCUCCCCGAUCUAAACUGCAUAAAAAUCGCAUCCUCUCAGUAGUGGCCGGCUGAAGUAGGCAACAUUUACCCCCAGGGACAGACAGCUGCUUGACGUGAUUUUCACGCUGUGGAGCUUUGCCGGGAAACGCACAGGAUGCCGUGCGACCAAUAUAGCCAGCAUGACUUUGCUAUGGGAAGUCAGUGCCGGCAGUCCAUGCAGGAAGUCACACUUUUCCCCACCCAAAUCUCCACCUUAAGGCAGCUUGGAAGGCAGCUCUGAGCAAAAUGAAGAAA